AUGUUUUUCUCCAAGUACGUGCCCGUCCUCGGGGCUCUCGUCGCCGGCGUCCAGGCCUCGCCUGCACCCAUCACGCCUGUCGGCAACUCUCUCGUCAGCCGCUCGCCGUCCAAGACGUCUUUCGACCUGUCCAAGAGCUACAACCAGGCCACUCUCUUCAGCGGUCUUGCGCCGGCCGCCGAGAACGGCCUCGCCAACGUCAACCUGCACCUUGGCCUGCCCAACGCCCACAUCACGGGUAACGUCGAUGUCGAGCUGAACGCCAACUUCAUCCUCGAGCCCACCGUCAUCAUCAACCUGGGUGGCGUGGAGGCCUACAUUGAGCUCGACGUCAAGGCCGACGCCAAGGUCUUUGAGGCCGCCGAGCUCGUCACCUCCGGCAAGCUCUCCAUCGACAUCCCCGGCCUGCUCGACGUGGAGGCCGGCCUGGCCCUCGCCCUCGACCUCGUCAUCUGCCUCGACGCUGCCAUUGAUCUGUCUGCCGGUUUCUACGUCAACUUCCCCCAGGGCUCCUUCAUCGAGGUCAACGUCCUCACGUCCAAGGUCGUCCGCCACCAGCUCGACAACCUUAACGCGCGCACGCUGCCCCUGACGCUCGGCGUCGACGUCGACCUGAACGUCGACGUCGAGCUCGAGGUCGGCCUGCGUCUGCGCACGGAGCUCGGCAUUGACGCCAACGUCGACCCCCUCGGCAUCCCGCUGCUGUCGGCCGGUGCCGAGGUCGCCGUCUGGAUCAACCUGUUCGACUACACCUCCGUCAUCAUCGGCCACCCCUCCCACCCCCGCCCCCCUUCGUGCCCCAACAACGCCGUCACUGAGGCCUUCGCCCUGGACGUCGGCAUCAUUGUCGCCCUCGACGUCGACGUCCUCGACAUUGUCAACCUGGACCUGGCGCCCACCAUUUCCGUCACCCUGGCCUCGGCGCCCAUUGCCACCAGCUGCAUUCCCCCGUGCGCCGGCUGCCAGCACUCGGCGUCGUCCUCUGCGGCCACCUCGACCGUCACCGCCAGCUCUGUGCCUGCGUCGUCUGCCGGCGCCAGCACCGUCACCCACAUCUCGUCCGGCGCCACCACGGUGACCUCCACCGACAACGCCGCCUCGUCCUCGUACACCAAGACCGUCGUCUCGCACUCGGGCAGCACUGUGACCAAGACCCUGAGCAGCGGCAGCGGCGCUUCGUCCACCGGCAGCGCCGGCCCCAUCUCGUCGGCCACCGUCAGGGGCCCCCAGAGCCUGACCACCUCGACGUACUUCGAGACCACCACCGUCACCAUCACCUCGUGCGCGGCCUCCGUCGUCAACUGCCCGGCCUCGUACACCCAGAAGGUGGUGACGGAGAUUGUCGUCGCCAAGACCACCGUCUGCCCUGUCGCUGCCGCCUCCUCCGCCGCCCACUGGCGCGGCAACGCCACCGUCAGCACCGCCGCUGCCACCACCACCCACGGCCCCGUUGUCGUGACCGUCCCGGCCAAGUGCUCCAACACCGUCACCUUCUCGACGAUCCCGGCCUCGUCCGCGACCUCCAACACCUUCACCGCGCCCACGAGCGUCUCGGUCGUCGGCACCGUGACCCUGACGGGCGCCAAGCAGGCCACGGUCACCCCCACGGCGAUCGCCGCGCCCACCAUUGCUUCCACGGGCGGCUCCCAGCUCAUCACCGCACAGCCGUCGGCCUCCAAGCCGGGCUACACCUCGCCCUCCAACCUGCCCGUGACGGCUGCCGCCGCCGGUGUCAGCGCCACGCACGCCGGCGGCCUCCUGGCCCUCGUUGCCGGUAUGCUGCUGGCUCUGUAA